UUGGGUUUGUCUGUCCGUCCCCGGGGGAGGGGCAGGGCCGCUUGUCUCCCAGCUCUCGGGUUUGCCUGUCCCUGCCUUGGGGGGGGCUUCUGCGCCCCUCCCCCCCGCGUGAGCUGUUCACCACGCACGGCCCCCGGGCAUUAUCCCAGGGAGCCCCGAGGGAGCCGCGCCCGGGGUGACCUCGCCCGUGUCUCGUCCCUUCCCCUCCCCGCCGCUCCGGCGCUGCCGUUCGUCCUCCGCGGAGUCUCUGGCCCUAGGAGGGGAAUAAUCCGAGCAUGGCAGAGCGCUCUGUGCCCGCUGCGCCCCCUCCCCGUGAGGAGACCGGUAAAUAUCGGGCCCUUUCUAGAGACGGGAAUUGAGAAAUGGAGAGGCUCAGGUCGUAUUGCUAGGAUAAAAGGGCUGCCUCUGAUAAAGGAAAAAUGGCUUUCAGCAAAGGAUAUCGGGUCUACCACAAACUGGAUCCACCUCCAUUCAGUGUGAUAGUGGAAACCAGAAAUAAGGAAGAGUGCCUCUUGUUUGAGUCUGGAGCUGUGGCUGUCCUCUCAUCUGCAGAGAAAGAGGCAAUCAAGAGCUCAUACUCCAAAGUAAUGGAUGCAUAUGGACUCUUAGGUGUAUUAAGGUUAAAUCUGGGAGACACUUUGUUACAUUAUCUGGUUCUAGUCACAGGAUGUAUGUCUGUGGGAAAGAUACAAGAAUCUGAAGUUUUUCGAGUUACUUCCACUGAAUUCAUAUCAUUACGAAGUGACCCUUCAGAUGAAGAUCGUAUUUCAGAAGUGCGCAAAGUUUUGAACUCAGGAAAUUUUUAUUUUGCAUGGUCUGCUACUGGGGUCAGUUUAGAUCUUAGUCUUAAUGCUCACCGUAGCAUGCAAGAACACACCACUGACAAUAGGUUUUUCUGGAACCAAUCCCUGCAUUUGCAUCUUAAACACUAUGGUGUGAACUGUGAUGACUGGUUAUUGCGUCUCAUGUGUGGAGGAGUAGAGAUUAGAACAAUUUAUGCAGCUCACAAACAGGCAAAGGCUUGCCUCAUUUCACGACUAAGCUGUGAACGAGCUGGGACCAGGUUUAACGUCCGGGGAACAAAUGAUGAUGGUCAUGUUGCUAAUUUUGUUGAAACAGAACAGGUGAUAUUCCUAGAUGACUGUGUGUCUUCCUUCAUACAAAUUCGUGGAUCUGUUCCAUUAUUUUGGGAGCAACCUGGUCUGCAGGUGGGAUCCCAUCGUGUCAGAAUGUCAAGGGGAUUUGAAGCAAAUGCACCGGCUUUUGACAGGCAUUUCCGAACACUUAAAAGUGUAUAUGGCAAGCAAAUUAUUGUAAAUUUACUUGGGGCAAAAGAAGGGGAGCACAUGCUUAGCAAAGCCUUCCAGAGCCACUUGAAAGCCUCUGAACAUGCUAUUGAUAUCAAAAUGGUGAACUUUGACUAUCAUCAAAUGGUUAAAGUCGGAAAGGCAGAAAAACUUCACAGCGUGCUUAAACCUCAAGUCCAAAAAUUCUUAGAAUGUGGAUUUUUUUAUUUCGAUGGAAAGGAAGUUCAAAGAUAUCAAAGUGGUACUAUCAGGACAAACUGCUUGGACUGUCUGGAUAGAACAAACAGUGUGCAGGCUUUCUUUGGCUUGGAGAUGCUAACAAAGCAACUGGAGGUUUUAGGUUUAGCUGAGAAGCCUCAGCUGGUUACUCGCUUCCAGGAAGUUUUCCGGUCCAUGUGGUCAUUAAAUGGUGAUUCUGUCAGUAAAAUAUAUGCAGGAACUGGAGCUCUUGAAGGAAAGGCUAAGGCUGGAAAGCUGAAGGAUGGUGCUCGUUCUGUGACCAGAACAAUUCAAAAUAACUUUUUUGAUAGCUCCAAGCAGGAGGCCAUUGAUGUUUUGUUAUUGGGGAAUACCCUAAAUAGUGAUUUAGCAGAUAAAGCACGGGCUCUCUUAACCACCAGCAGUUUACGUGUUUCAGAGCAGUCAUUGCAAUCAGCAUCUGUAAAAACGCUAAAGGGUAUGUGUGAAAAUUUUUAUAAGUAUUCAAAGCCCAAAAAAAUUCGAGUAUGUGUUGGAACAUGGAAUGUCAAUGGUGGGAAGCAAUUUCGAAGCAUUGCAUUUAAAAAUCAAACACUCACUGACUGGCUUCUAGAUGCACCAAAGUUAGCUGGUAUCCAUGAAUUCCAAGAUCGAAGAAGCAAACCUAUUGACAUAUUUGCCAUUGGAUUUGAAGAAAUGGUUGAGUUAAAUGCAGGAAACAUUGUGAAUGCAAGCACAACCAAUCAGAAGCUGUGGGCUGCUGAACUGCAGAAGACCAUCUCAAGAGAUAACAAAUAUGUGCUGCUGGCUUCUGAGCAAUUGGUGGGCGUCUGUCUCUUUGUAUUCAUCAGACCCCAGCAUGCUCCUUUUAUCAGGGAUGUUGCUGUUGAUACUGUAAAGACUGGUAUGGGAGGAGCUACUGGCAAUAAAGGUGCAGUAGCAAUUCGAAUGUUGUUUCAUACGUCCAGUCUUUGCUUUGUCUGUAGUCACUUUGCUGCAGGGCAAUCACAAGUCAAAGAGAGAAACGAAGACUACAUAGAAAUAGCCCGAAAACUCAGUUUCCCAAUGGGAAGGCUCCUCUUUUCCCAUGACUAUAUAUUUUGGUGUGGCGAUUUUAAUUAUCGUAUAGAUCUUCCUAAUGAAGAAGUGAAGGAGUUAAUUCGCCAGCAGAAUUGGGAUUCCCUUAUUACAGGAGAUCAACUUGUCAACCAGAAAAAUGCUGGACAGAUCUUUAGGGGAUUUUUAGAGGGAAAGAUAACUUUUGCACCUACAUACAAAUAUGACUUGUUUUCUGAUGACUAUGACACCAGUGAAAAAUGUCGCACACCAGCAUGGACAGAUCGGAUUCUUUGGAGAAGAAGAAAAUGGCCAUUUGACAGAUCAGCUGAAGACCUGGAUCUUCUGAAUGCUAGUUUUCAGGAUGAAAGUAAUAUCCUUUACACAUGGAAUCCUGGUACUUUAUUGCACUAUGGAAGAGCAGAGCUGAAAACAUCUGAUCAUAGGCCUGUUGUUGCAUUGAUUGACAUAGAUAUAUUUGAAGUUGAGGCAGAAGAGAGACAGAAAAUUUAUAAGGAGGUGAUUGCUGUGCAGGGACCGCCUGAUGGCACUGUAAUGGUCUCCAUCAAAAGCUCUUCACCAGAAGAAAACUAUUUUGAUGAUAACUUGAUUGAUGAACUUCUUCAGAAGUUUGCAGCCUAUGGUGAAGUUAUACUUAUAAGGUUUGUAGAAGACAAAAUGUGGGUAACGUUUUUGGAAGGAAGCUCCGCUUUGAGCGCUCUGGAUCUGAAUGGUACUGAGCUUUUAGGAAGGAUCAUAAACAUUAACUUGAAAAACUCAGACUGGAUCAGAAGUUUGGAAGAGGAGAUGAAUCUAGAGAAGAUGGUUGGAUUGCCUUCAUCGACUAGUUCCACUUUGCUUUGUGAAGAUGCUGAGGUUUCUGCAGACUAUGAUAUGGAAGGUGAUAUCGAUGACUAUAGUACUGAAGUGGAAGAAAUUUUUCCUCAACAUCUACAGCCUGGUACAAGUUCUGGUCUUGGAACCUCACCAGGCUCUUCACCUCGUUCCAGUCCCUGCCAAUCACCCACGUUGUCAGAUGGACCGCUACCCACCCUUCCAGUUAGACCAAGUCGAGCACCUACAAGAACUCCUGGACCACCUAUAUCCUCACAAAGUUCUCCAGUUGAUUUUCAACCAAUUACACAACAGAAAGAGUCUACUCAGAGCUUAGAGCCUAAACGUCUUCCUCCCCCUCGCCCAGUGGCACCACCUACCCGGCCUGUUCCACCACAGAGACCACCCCCACCAUCAGGGGGUAGGAGUCCUGCACCUGCUAGAAAAGAAUUUGGAGGUCUUGGAGCUCCUCCCAGUCCUGGGGUAGCUAGGAGAGAAAUAGAAGUUCAAAAAAGCCCUGGAACACAAAGAAAAGAUAACUUAGUUCGUAGUCAGCCUCUACCUCCAGCCGGAUUCACAAGCACAGGAACUGUUGGAUAUAGUGCAGCCAGACCGACUGUUCCACCCCGAGCUGGAGUUAUUAGUGCACCACAAAGCCAUGUCCGUCCAUCUGUGGGGAGGCCAACACCUGAAACCCAAACCAAGCCAGCUGAACCACCAAGAGGUAAUACUAUACUUUAGAAGAAAAGGAAAUGU